AUGCUUCUAAUGAAAUUGAAUGAUCAAAAUGAAAUCAAUGAAGCUCAACGUCUACCUGAUCGUAUACGUAAAUCGAAACCUGUACGCUUUGCAUUCGCUGCACAUGAAGCACUUAUAACAAAUAAUUAUGUUCGAUUUUUUCGAUUAGCUCGUCUAGCUCAGUGUCUACCCGCUUGUCUUAUGCAUAGAUAUUUUGUACAAAUACGUGGUCAAGCUUUAACAAGAUUGUCAUAUGCUUUUGCUGGACAUCCAAAACGUGAAGUUCAUUAUCCUAUUUCUACGCUGACUAGACAACUUGGUUUUGAAAAUAAUACUGAAACAAAAGAUUUCUGUGAACGUUGGGGUUUAACAACGGAUGAUUCAAAUGUGAUUUUUGAAAAACAAGUACAACCGGAACCACCUGAAUUACCAUGGAGAGAGAAUAGAUCAUUUCAGAUAAUUGAAAACAAACGAAUCGGUACUACACUAUCUGAAUUAUUCAAUGGUUCACCUAUUAAUCCUUCAGAUGCCAUACCACCUCCUGUAAAGUCGUCAUUCGAUACAAAUGGGAUGUACAUAGCAGGUGGACAGAAUACAAAUGUACAAACUGUUACUAGUAAUAAUGAUACUACUACUACUACUAAUAAUAAUAUGGUCGUCAGCUCCAGUAGUGGUUUUGGUAAUGUUCUAUUCAGCAAUCGUAUUACUGCCGACGAUGGAAGCAGCAACAACAGAGACAGCAAUAUCAUCAACAGUACUGUUAACUAUUCUCUUUCAUCCACGCCAUUAUUCCCUUUAUUUCAACAAGCAAAACUGAAUUCUUCACUAAUUACGUCACAACCAUCAUCGUCGUGGUUAACUGGAGCUAAUACACAGAACAAGAAACCGAUUAUUGAUAAUCAACUCGUUGAACAGAUCUUCUAUGAAUGUGUUGUUGAUGAUGUUAUGCAUUUUAAAGAGUUAGCUGAAAAUCUUCUCCUACAAGAGAUGAUCAUACAUGAAUGGAUUGAAAAUUUACUUGAAAUGCUUAUUAAAGAACAGUUAACUGAGAUAUUUAACAAGGCAAUCCAUCCAGUGAAUGAGAUGAGUAAAGUGCUGAUUGAAAGUUUAAUAAACGAAUUAAUAAAUGAUGAAUUGUAUCAUAUUGUACAAUUUGAAUUCAUCUUAGAAUCACUUUGCCAUGAAAUUUUCGAUCAAUUAAUCAAAGAACGACUGUGCAAAUUAACGUCUUCCUCGUUAACCAAAUCACUAGCUACCUCAUUAUACAAUGCUGCUUUGAUUAAAUAUUGUGUUAAUCGUUUUCGUUAUUUAAUAUGGAAACGUGAAGAAGCAAAACAAGAUGAAAUCCUCUUAAACAGAAUGUCAACAUCAGUUGGAGCGGAUUGUCUACCGUUACGUUUAAUGCCUAUAAAUUAUCAUGAUUAUUAUUAUUGUAAUACUAAAGCGGCUAAUGUUAGUGUGGACCAAUCUCAAGCCAACAUUAACUUAUCUGACGCAAUAGAUAGUCAAAAGACAGUAGGAAUAUUUCCAGUUAGAAAUGCAUUGCACAAUCAUCAUUUAAUGAAUUCAAGAUUUUCACCGGAAAUUUCAAAGGUGGAUGACGCAUUGACAUGGAGUGCUUUGAAACCAUCUUCAAUAUUCUGUAAAUAUCCACUUGGAAUAUAUACUUCAAUUCUACUUCCUCCAUAUGGUUGUUCUGAAACUGUACAAAAACAGCUGAAAAACACAGUCUAUUGGAUAUACAGAAAAUUUAAAGAUUUUCCUUUAAUCCUAUUGGAUAAAUGGCCAGAUUCAUCCAUGUCAGGCAAAUUAUCUGCUUUAAUUGUGAUUGGUCAGUUUAAUCAUCCAAUUACUAGAGAGCAAUUAGUAUUAUCGAUGCAACCGUUGGAUUCAUCAGAUGUACCACUCAGUAAUUCUUCUUCGCAAUAUCAACCAGUUGAUGAUCAUCUUUUAAUUUUGGCUAUUACAAUCGCUACACAAGCGCCUUUAAGCUUGUCAAGUGAAAAUUUAAAAAAUCUAUUGAAUGAUAACGAUGGUAUUUGUGUCUUGCAGUUAACCAAUCAUAUUUCUCUUGGAAGUAGUGGUAAAUUCUUACCGAAUCCUUAUUGGUCAAUUAAUUUACAAUAUUCUCUUCAAUGGUUAGAAGAGUGUUUUAGCAGAAUGCUUAACCGUUCUCCAGUAGUUGGUGGUAGAAGUUGGAAUCACCGACGAAAGUUUCAAAUUAACAAUGUUAGUAAUAACAAUGGUAACCAUCACAUAUAUUCAACUGUGUCGUUAGCAUCAUUAUCGGCGUCGACGUCAACAUCUACUGUGCCUGCUGAAGUCACUGUUUACACAGAAUUGAGUGAUUUAGUUGACCAGUAUAUUGAUGCAUGCUUUCUACGUCCUUUGGCAGAUCUCUCAGCAUUUUGGAAAUCACAAAAUUUCGUAGACCCAUCAAUGAAAUCUUUACUUGAUGCAUAUCAUACAAUGUUAUCACGUCUAUUCGUUCAAUUACUUCCAACUAAUAAGGAAUUGACUAAUCUCCUGCACAAUACUCUUAUGCUACCGAACAAGAUUAUCAAUUUGAUAUGUAUUGAUGAUUUAGAAGAAACAGAGACAAAAUCGAAAAAUCCUAGUAAUCUUGCUUUAAAGUCACCGCCCUCCUCCUCCGCCUCCGCCUCCUCCUCGUCGUCGUGGAGUAUAUUAGUUCAAAAUUGGACAACUCUUUCAAAAGAAUUAAAUUUCAGCUUAUCAACUGAAUGUUGGCUUAAUACAUCGAUUCGUAAAGUUGAACAGAAUUUUGAAUUACAUUUGAAUAAAGUAUUUUCCUCUAGUCCUCUAGUGUGUAAAUCAUCAUCGUCACCAUCAAUAGCCAAUUCAGUUCGAAAAGUGUUACCCUCAGUUUAUUUAGCGCCUAAUUUGAAUUUGUUUUUCGCGCUUAUUCGAAAUUGUUUGAACAAUUUGUUCAAUGCAUUAUUGAACAAUUGUAAGGUGAAAAGUAAUAUUGAGCUUGAUAAGGUGAUUGAAUUUUCCAACGUUAUUUGUAAAUUGAUUGAUCAAAUUGAACCAGAAAGUAUUUUGAAUGAUAUGACUGAAUAUUUUAAAAACAUUGAUGAACCGUGUAUGAAACAAGUGAACGCUAUCAAUCUAUCCAUUGAUAAUUCACGUUAUAAUGAUAUUAAAAAGUGUCUGUAUAUAACGAAGCCAUCAUCGUCAACAUCAAUGUCAGCCUCAGCGUCAAAUGUUGAACAAGAAGAAUCUUUAUCAGUUCGUCUAGAUAAGCUGUGCUUAAAAAUUCAACAAGUGGAAAAUUCAAUGACUGAAGCAUUAAAUGAAACAACACAAUCAAGUAUCCAAUGA